AGUUCCCAUGAUGCAUUGGUCUUCAACUGGACAGUUAGCGUCUCAGAUCUCCGGGAAAACAAACAAGUUAACGCUAAUUUUGUUUGGGUUUUUGGAUGUCGUAACGGCAGCGAUGGAAAGCGACUGUACGGAUUGACCUUCCUGUAACGCACAUUUAUUGAGUUUACAAAAAAUACAGAGGAUACGCGGCUGUCUUUGGAUCUUAAUGGCAAGUUAGCCAACCUGUUUCGCUUGCCAUGCGGGAAUAAACCUUCCCAGGAGGUGCCAUGCUAGCCACACAGAUGCCAGAUACGCCACAGGAGGCUAAAGAUAUCAAACAGAUCAAAGAGAAGUUAGCGCAGUCGCUGAAGGCCCUGCAGAAGCGCUACGUAACGUCAGACGCAGUGGUCACCAGUGAAGAUAGCGAUGCUAACCUCCUCUGCUCUGCCCUGGAGGCCAUCUUCAUCCACGGUAUCAAGAGCAAGUACAUCCGCACGGAGGCUGGCGGCCGUUGUAGGAAAGGAGACCGAGGGCCCCUUCCUCAGCCUUUCUUCUGGAGUCUCCUCAAGAACAUCACCCACCGUGAUGUGAUCACAGAGCUGGAGAAGAUCAGCUUCGUGGGCACGGACGUGGGUCGCUGCCGAGCAUGGCUGCGGCUGGCCCUCAACCACGGCCUACUGGAGUGCUACCUUGUCUCGCUGUUUCGGGAGAACUCCAAGCUGCGGGCACAUUAUCAACCCAGUGCCUUGCUCCUGAACACAGAGGAGCGAGAAGUUCUGCUCAGCUACCUCCAGGGUCUGGCCUCACUUACAUUCAGCCUGUCUUACAAGUCCGCUGUCCUCAACGAAUGGACCACCACGCCUCUGGCUCUCGCUGGACUCUGCCCCUUGUUCCAGGCGGACACACUAGACCUACCCGUCAAUGGCGGAGACCAUCCCACCUCCAAGCCCACGUAUAAAGAAUCAUGGGAUACUGUGUCUCAGUCGUCAAGCUCAUCAGAUGCACUGGAUAUGCAGAGAGGGUGUCCGGUGUUGCUGUUGGGGAGAGGGUCAAGUGCGUUACAAGGGGGUAGGACUGCGCUCAAUUCAUCUAAUUUAAGCCUGGACACCACAGGCUCCUCUCAGCUCUCCUCCAGCUUGAGCUCCGAUAGCCUCCUGCAGGGGCAGGACCCCCGCAGCCCGACAGGAGAGCAGUGGUCUUCAUGUGACCUGGACGUGACCCUGAAUGUGAGCACCAAGAGGCCACAGAAAGAUUUUCUGACUGAGUUCCGGGAAAGUGGCCACUGCAGUCAGGACUCCAUGCGUGAAGACUCCUUCGUCUCCAGCACGGGUCCUGAUCAGUUCUCUGAGACGGCCAUUUUCAGCGGCUCCGACAGCGAGACCCAAGGUCCCCCUACACCAUCCCAAGAACUCGCAGAACAGCCCCCAGACUCUGCGCUCUUUGAUUCAGAGCCACCACCAACAUCCACAGACCCACCACUAUCCCACGAGAACCAUAUUGACCAGUCUCCCUCUGACGUCUGCCACAGUACCUCGUCUGAGUUACACUCGGACUCUGACACACACUCCGAGCCUGUGGAGUGUGUGGAGCCAGCAGAGGGAGUACAAACAACAUGUGUUCAGGAGAGUACUGAGCUCAUCCAAGAAGAGAAGGAAACCGAGAGCUUUGAGAAGAGCAGCUCAGAGACUUCGGCACACCCAGUCACACGUCGCUCUACCAGCGUUCUGAGCAGGAAACUGUCCUCCGAUUCACUAUCACAUUCUCAUUCCUGGAUCUCUGAAGAUGACAUCUACAAGCCACAUCUGGAGGAGGUGUCCGACCAUGAUGAGUUGCCUCCCCCUGCUCCCGAACCCGAGCUCACCCAGUCACCUCCCAGCGUCAUCCAUCGCAGACAAAUAGGGCUGUCCAACCCGUUCCGAGGCUUGCUGAAGCUCGGCCACCUAGAGCGGCGUGGUGCGAUGGGAUUGUGGCGCGACAAUUACUGCGAGCUGUCGCCCUUCGAGUUCCGCCUUUAUCUCAACGCAGAAGAGCGGACGUGUUGUGACAACUGCUACCUGGUGCGAUGCGAGGACGCGCGCAUCACCUCACCCGAAGGUCGCUUCGAGUUGGCCUUUCCCGGGAAGCGGCUGCACCUCCGGGCGGCCAAUCGUGACGAAGCGGAGGACUGGGUGGACCGGAUAGUAGAGGCCGUCAACAAGUGCCGGCCAGCGUCCCGCGUUGAUGAGCAGUGGGAGGUGCUGCAACCCUCCAGUGAGAACGGAGUGGAUGAACGCACAGUUUCAUCCCCGUCCUCCGCCCCCUCUAGCCCCGAGCGAGGCUUAUUAUCCUCUGACAUGGGGACAUGCGGAGGGCGGGAGACGCCGCCUCCUCAACAUGAAUUCAACUGGACUCGGACUACUGAUUUGGAAACGGACGCCAUCAAAGAAGCUGUUUUGUACUUAUCUACAGAUCCCGAGGCUCGGACAUGGGUACCUCUCGUCUUCUCCCUCUCCUUGGAGGCUUUGAAAGGCUUUCGGAUACAAGAGGGAAGAAAGUUGCUGCGGCUAACUCACCCCAUAGAGGAAAUCCGUGACGUGGUUCCUGACGUCUCUGUCGGGGGACCGGCCUUUUUUAAACUCCUCACCGUCAAGGAGACGCUCAGACUCAGGGCCGAGAACCCGGAGGAGGCACGCUCUUGGAGGAGUCUGAUCCGUGGGGCUCUGGACUCGUACCUGGAGAGCGGAGAGGACGGGGGCUCUGAGGAGACGGCUGUAGCACGUCUGGGGACGACGGGGAAUCUCCACAGACUGGUUCAGCACAGACUGAAAGAAGAUGGAACACUUCUAGCUCACCUGUGCACUGUGCCCUCAGAGAAGGGGCUGGACACCCAGAACUUCAAAUGUGCAGGCUGUCCUCAGCAGAUCGGCCCGUCCCGGGGCAGAGCCAGGUUAUGCGAGUUUUCAGGCCAGUACUACUGUGACUCCUGUCACCAUGGUGACAUUACCAUCAUACCUUCACGCAUGGUGCACAACUGGGACCUCAAACAACGAGAGGUGUCUAAGAAGGCCCUGUGGCUGCUGGCUCAGGUAGAGCAGGAGCCUUUGCUGAACCUGGAGCAGUUGAACCCUGAGUUGGUGAAGCACUCUGAGUCCAUGUCUCAGGCCCACAGCCUGCGGCAGAGGCUACGUCUGCUGGGCGACUACCUGCUCACCUGCCGCAGCGGAGCCUGCAAGAAUCUCCAGGCCAGAAUGCAGCAGCGAACAUACCUGUUGGAGUCGAGCCAUCUGUACAGUGUCAUGGACCUACGACAAAUAGCAGAGGGUGAAUAUGCAACCUACCUGAACACUUUUUUGCAGUAUGCCUCCAACCACGUGUUCCACUGUGAUCUGUGCACGCAGCGUGGCUUCAUUUGCCAGAUAUGCCACGCUGAUGACAUUAUCUUCCCUUUCCAGUUUGACAGCACCACCAGGUGUAAAGAUUGUAAAGCUGUGUUUCAUCUGGCCUGCAAGGCUCCUGAGCACUCCUGUCCACGCUGCCUGCGGAUGAGGAAAUAUCUGGAGAGGGAUCUGCAGGACUGAGCAUAGCCAGCAGGGCGCAUGCUACAUGACCACAUAGGCCAACUUUCCGAGGAAGCUAGAAGACCACUUAUGGGAAGGAAAAUGAAAGAAAACGACAAUUAAAUCUAGCUUUUACAUGAAGUAACCUCAAGUGCAAUUAUGAGUGCGAUUCGCCUGCCCUGAUUGACAAAAGCUGAAGAAGAAGGGCCCGAGUGUUACAGUAGCUAGACUCUCUUGCACUAACAUAGAGGCAUAUUGUGCCUCAUUUAUUGACACGAUGCUGAAAUAAUGCAGCCAACUGUUACUGACCAGUGACUUUAAUACCUCUCUGAAUUCGCAUUCAGCUACGCCACGGCAUCAAAAGAAGGACUGGAUAACGGUGAUGGUUGCUGCCAAGAAUCUUAUCCAACAAUUUUACAUUUUUGGGUUUUUACUUUUUGUUUGUCUCAUUGUGUCAACUGCAAUGUUCUAUCAUGUUUACCAGAAAUGCUCUACAGUAAAUUUUGCAUUUGUCUCGUAUGUACAAACACAGUCACAUAUUGAAACAUAAUAUACAACAGUGAGGUUUGGUACUGUACUUGCAAAAAAAGUAAUGAAAACAGCACUUGAAAUGUCCUAAUUAACAGAUUUUGAUUGUGCCUUUUUUAAUUUUAAGCUUUACACUAUUUUCUUCUUGGUGUGUCACUAAUACAGGGCCAAAAAGCAUUGCAAAGGCUGUUCUGUUUAGUUUUGUUUUGUUUUUUAAAGUAUAGGAUGAAAUUACGUUGCUGCAUAAGAUUUAAUGUAAAGCUAAAAAAUCGGCCAUGAAGAAGACUUAAUGGAAUGUUUCUCUUAAAAUCUUAAAAUAUUCACUCAAGUUUUUUUAAGCUCACAAAGUCAGCUCAGUGGGGGAGACUUUGAUAAAGCAUUAAUGUGUGGCAAAAUCAUGUUUGUGGAAAUUAAUAUCUUGGGAGAAAUAAUUGGAUUUCACAUGGAUUCUGAAGUCAAAACAUGUUUUGCAUAUUUGCACGUAGCGAUGACUGUUAAAUUGAUAUUUCAGCGACAUUCUAGCUGUAAUAUCCUCUUGCACAUGGAGUCACCCCUAAACAAACAAACCUGCAUUGCUGACAUUUUUUCCCACUCUGCUCCUCUUGAAUAUUUGACCCCGAUGCAGAGUUGAAAUACUAUAAUGGAUCGAUUUAGCAGAAUCCUAUAGAGAAGAAAACUCACUAAAAGUUUACUAUCAAGUCUAUUUGAUAUAUUCAGAACAUAUCACUUGCAAGUGGCAAGUCCAGAAUACUGCAGUACUGUUUUUCCUAGUUUGUAUUUUUUAUUGUCAUCUCAUUUAUUAUGUAUAAUGUAUAAAUUGCCAUCAUGAAAAAUAAAUGUC